GCACAGACAAGCGGCAGCCCUCACAAAGUGGGAAGUUUUCGUCGAAGGAUUCAGUGUAAAAAUUAAUCACCUUCAUGUCGACUCUGUUGGAUACUAACCCGCCGAUGCUAUGGUUACCUUUAUUACGAUCUUACAGGUGAAUCUAGUGAUGUCCAUCCUGCUGUAUGUGAUGGUCCUCGUGUACCUCUAUGGUAUUCAGGCAACCAACAUGGGUAGCAGUCAACAGCAGCAGCAGCCAAGUCCAGACCCUUUAAACUCUCUCAUAAUCCAGCUGCUUCAGGCUGACCUAACAAGGGGGAAGACCAGAGGGAACCAGAGCGAGCAGGGGAAAAGCAGAGACACUGAGCCGCGGGAUACUCUGCUUCCUGUCAAGAUUGAAAACUUUCCUUUAGAGGACCAAGGAGAUGCAGAGGAGUGGCUAGAAACGCGUCACAGUGAUGAUUUUCUGAUGGACCAGCCGGUGAUGCUGUUGAACUCGGACAUCCUCAGGCAACACAAGCGGUAUAACUCGCCGCGAGUGCUACUGAGCGACCGGCCUCCACUGCAGCCACCGCCAUUGUACCUUUCUGAUAAUUUUGUGAGCAGUGUACCAGUCUUAGGGGCAGCAGGAAACAAGACACGAAAGAAGCGUCACACUGAGCACAAGAGCUACCGGGGGGAAUAUUCUGUUUGUGACAGUGUGAGCGACUGGGUGAUGAAUAAAACGUUAGCAUACGACAUCAAGGGACAGCGCGUGACUGUUCUGGCCAAGUUUAAAACCAGUGCCACAAAAGACAUCAGACAGUUCUUUUAUGAGACACACUGUCGGACCUCCAAGCCUGUCAAGGAUGGCUGCAGGGGCAUUGACGACAAGAACUGGAACUCACAGUGCAAGACGGCACAGUCGUAUGUUCGAGCACUGACACAGUUUCAAGAUCAAGUGAGCUGGAGGUGGAUACGCAUAAACACUUCCUGUGUCUGUGCAUUGUCAAAGAAACGUCGCAGGACGUAAGGGAGUUGGUGGGAAAACUACUUCCUGUGUAGGAUUUUAGUUCCUGUUCACAGUGCUUCCCAUCACAGGAUUAUGUGUCAUGUCGGUGACCAGCAACAAUCUGCUAUAAAGUGAUGCUUCUACUGAAGAAUCUUAGGUCCAUUUAAAUGAUAUUUCAACAUUAAUGUGCUGCUCUAAAUCCAAACGCUGGUGCAGCACUGAGGAACUCACUUAAGGGGGUGGGUGGGGGUGUGGGGAGGGAGGCAAUAAGUGUGUGAGAGAGAACUGUAUAUAUAAAUUAUUUAAAUUAUAAGAAAUGCAUGUAGUUUAUACAUGUUUAUCUAUCUAUAUAUGACCUAUGACUAUAUUUGUGUUAUUUAUUGAAAGAAGUCUUCUUCAAAAGGAUAAAAUGUUUAUAAAAAGGAACAAAACAAUCUAGGAACUCAUUCGGAGACUGUAAUACUGAGAUGGGCUGCAAAGGUGCUUCACAGUAAGACUUUAUGUGUGCCUUGACCAGUGUAGCUCCAGAGCUGAGCAAUAGGACGUGGUAACUUACAGACAGCAUUUGCUGCAAAUGGUUUGGUGAGUGAACCUAAAAAAAAUGACAGAACGGCAGGGACUUGUCCUGUCCUACUGACCAAUAUGGAGCCCAAAUUCUGACCGAUUUGAGAUCAUAGACAUGUACACUGCAUUCACAAUUGACACUACUUUUAUGAUGUAACACACAGCGAGCCCAUUCUUUCAUAUGGGAGGCAAUUUUGACCAAUAAAAAAAAUCUUCUUGUGGAACCUGCUGGCAGUGACUGGAGAUUCAAGAUUCACAGACCACCUUGGCUUUGUUCACCAAUUUUUAUUCUCAACUGGUAUCUUGAGCUGUUUUUGUUUCUUCCUUUUAAUAAAAAUGUAUAUUUCUUAAAGUUGGAACAUUUUCAUUAUUUAAAUGCUAAUAUGAAACGGUUCCAGUUUUCCUGACCUAUACCAUUAUUUACCUCUUUAUAACAAAUGCAGCCAAUUCCAAACUGUUAGUUGUAAACCAACAGACCUAAUAAUAGUCUAUAAACAUUCCCACAAUAAACAUUCCCUUAAGUACUUCAAUUUUGGGGGGAAAUUGAGUUUAGUUAUUAGCAUUUAUCCAUUAUAUGAAAUGUCUCUAAAUUUUGAUAAAAAUAAAAAGAUUCAAUGUUAUAGUAAUUCAGUUCACCCUCUUAAGAAGAGAAGCCAGAAAAGAAACAAAAAAGUGGCAAAAGUCUGUAUUUUGUCAUCUUUUACAUUUACAUCAGAGUCAGAAAAUUAUCAACUGAAGUUCAGACUAAAGAGACUGUUAUGUUUAUUCACUAAUGAUCGAAGAUAGUGCGAGUGAUAAUUUGCAUUUUUCACAUUUUAAUAAAAAGUUUUUGUUACAAAGCCAAAACCAACAAUGGAUUGAUUCCAGUAAAAGGAAAUGUCUGAGUUGCCAAACCUGUUAUAGCUCCCCUGGGUCUUUAUCAGAUUGUUACAUUGAGUAAGAUUGUUGGUUACAGUUGAAACUAUAGUGAACCAUUGUUACAGGCAAUUAUUAAGCCUUUUUUUUUUUUAAAUUACAACAUAUGUUUAGGACACAUUUUAAGGAUGAUUGUCUUAAGUUAGCUAUUGAGUGUCACAAACUGGAACCUAAAACACAUGUAUGGUUAGCUUUUGUAUCGUCUUAAUAAAAACAAGCAUAUAGAUUUUUACUAUCCUUGUCUUUAUAUCAGAGCUAUUUUGCAAAUUUUCCAAUUCAAUGGAUAUUUUACUCUACUACAGUAGCUUGGAAUGACUUGAAUUUCAAAACAAUCAGCAGUUUUUAAUAUAUAAAUGUAAAUUAAAUUGGUGCAGUUCAUCAAUUGUAUGAAAAAGAACAAAAAAAUAAUUAUUUUAUCCAAAAACAGUCUGAUCUUUUUUUUAGUCCUAACCUAACUAACCUCAAGUAAGUUGUUUUUAAUGCCAGAUUCUAACCAAGUUAUUGGUAAUGCCUAAACGUUUUGUUGUUGUUGUUGUUGUUUUUUAAGCAUUUGAUUAAAAAUGAUACAAAGGAUAUGUUAAAAUGAUCUGACAUGUAUGACUCAAAUUUUGGUAUCUGUGUCUCUGAACUGCAAAAGGACUAACCAAUUCCUCCAAAAUGUAAAAUAUACAUUUUGUGUAUUCGGACACAAAUCAGUGCACACUAGACAGACUAAUGUCGAGAGAGGGAGAAAGAAAGAGGUUAAUAAAGGUUUAAUCAAUGGUUAUUGCUUUCACAAAUGACAUGUUUUACAUUUCUUUUGCAGCAGAGAGAGAGAGAACAAAGGUAUCAAAGCUUCAUCUGGUGGGGUCAAUG